AGAAAAUCAGAAAGGGAAAAAAAUCAACGCCCCUCAUGGUGGUCAAAGACAAAGAUCCCACCUAUACUCGUCCACCACCACUGCCCAAUAUUAGGGAAAAGAUCACCUGUUAUAAAUGUGGGAAAUGGGGACACUUUAGAAGAGAAUGCAGAGCCCCAAGAUAUCCCAGACAAGACAGGGACCCCCCGGGAAGGGCAGCGUUAACAUCACCCACCACGCCCCAACUCUCGCUAGGAAAUGGGCAAACCCCUUAUGGCAGCAUCCUCGAACAUGGACUGGGAGACCGUGUAGCUGCAAUCCAGGAUAUUCCCCAACCAAGAGCAGCUAAACAAAUGCAUGCCUUUCUUGGACUCAUAUCGUACUGCAGGGCA